CCGGCCCGCGCCACUGAGCGGGUCCCCCAUGGGGCGCCACUCGGUGGUGCCGGCCGCCGCCGGCGACGACGGCCGAGAGACAUGGGGCAAGAAGGUCGACUUCCUGCUCUCGGUCAUCGGGUUCGCCGUCGACCUGGCCAACGUGUGGCGCUUCCCGUACCUCUGCUACAAGAACGGAGGAGGGGCGUUCCUGGUGCCCUACUCCAUCAUGCUGGUGCUGGGCGGGAUUCCACUUUUCUUCAUGGAACUCUGCAUUGGCCAGUUCAAUCGUAAGGGGGCAAUCACCUGCUGGGGCAACCUGGUGCCCCUCUUCAAAGGGGUCGGCUACGCUGUCGUUCUUAUUGCAUCUUACGUAGACCUAUUUUACAACGUGAUACUUGCAUGGUCGCUGCGCUAUUUCUUUUCGUCAUUUGCGUAUGAGCUUCCUUGGACCAACUGCAAUAACACAUGGAACACGGAAAACUGCGUGGAGGUCGGGGAGAAAUACUCAAACUACUCUUCGAUGCUUGCAAGAAAUGAAAACGUCAACUUGACUGUUCUGGAGAUGAAUCAGACCUCGCCGGCUGAAGAAUAUUGGAUGUACAACGUGCUGGAAAUCGACAAGAGCAACGGGAUUACAGACUUGGGAGAAGUCAAGUGGGAUCUGGCGCUAUGUCUGCUGGCUGUGUACCUCAUCUGCUACUUUUCACUUUGGAAAGGGAUAGCGACAUCUGGGAAGGUGGUGUGGUUCACGGCCCUGUUCCCGUACGUGGUGCUCAGCAUCCUCCUGGUGCGUGGCGUCACCCUGCCCGGCGCGCUCGACGGCAUCCAGUACUACCUGUACCCCGACUUCACCAAGCUCACCAAGACCAGCGUGUGGGUGGAUGCAGCGACGCAAAUAUUUUUCUCCCUUGGACCAGGCUUUGGGGUCCUCCUCGCUUUUGCGUCAUACAACAAGUUCCACAACAACGUCUAUAAGGACGCCAUCAUCACCAGCUUGAUCAACUGCGGUACCUCCUUCGUGGCCGGAUUUGUCAUCUUCUCUGUCCUCGGAUACAUGUCCCACAUUUCUGGAAAACCGAUAGACAAGGUAGCACAAGAAGGUCCCGGCCUGGUGUUCGUCGUGUAUCCGCAAGCCAUCGCCACCAUGCCAUGCGCCACCCUCUGGGCCAUCCUCUUCUUCAUGAUGCUGCUCACCCUCGGCCUGGACAGCUCGUUCGGCGGCUCGACGGCCGUCAUCACCGGGCUCAGCGACGAGUUCCCCAUCAUCCACAACAACCGGGAGAUCUUCAUCGCCAUUCUCUUCACGAUCGACUUCCUGAUCGGCCUUAUCUGCUGCACUCAGGGAGGAUUUCUGGUUUUCCAACUCUUAGAGAAGUAUGUGUUCGGUUUCUCCAUUCUUUGUGCUGUAUUCUGUGAAGCUAUCGCUGUCUCCUAUAUAUACGGUGUUGACCGUUUGGUCAACGACAUCAACGAAAUGAUCGGCUUUCGACCUGGUCUCUACUGGAAGAUGUGUUGGAAGUUCAUUGGCCCCAUCUUCAUCGGGGCGAUGAUCAUAUUCGUAUUGAUCGACCACCAACGAUUGGAAUACAAGGGCUACCCCUUCCCGGAGUGGUGUAACAUCAUCGGCUGGGUGAUGGCGCUGAGCAGCGUCAGCAUGAUCCCCGGCAUGGCGCUCUACCAGAUCGCCACCACCCCCGGCACGCUAUACGAGCGAAUCAAGAUCACCACCACGCCGGCCAAGGACCUGGUGGCCGUGACUUCCGCAUCGAACGGCGUGUCCGGCUCGGACAGCCACCACACCAUCAAGCUGACGGGUGGCAUCCCGCGCGGCUCCACCUCGGUGUAGGCCUGCAGCUGAGGCCGCCGGCGGGGGCUGGCGUCCGUCCCGCGCGGCUCCACUUCGGUGUAGGCCUGCAGCUGAGGCCGCCGGCGGGGGCUGGCGUCCGUCCCGCGCGGCUCCACUUCGGUGUAGGCCUGCAGCUGAGGCGGCCGGCGGGGGCUGGCGUCCGUCCCGCGCGGCUCCACUUCGGUGUAGGCCUGCAGCUGAGGCCGCCGGCGGGGGCUGGCGUCCGUCCCGCGCGGCUCCACUUCGGUGGAGGCCUGCAGCUGAGGCCGCCGGCGGGGGCUGGCGUCCGUCCCGCGCGCGACGGCAGCGCUCUCGGCUCGCGGCGGCGACCGCCGCACUCAUCUGAUGCGGGAUGGGUGUGACGAGAGUGAUGUGGCCUGCGCCCGAGCUCCUUCAUUUUCCGCUGAAGCUGGCCCCUUUAGUACAUCGAUUUGCACAACGGAGGAGGAAGGAACGGCGGGCUGAGGCGAAACGCUUGAGAAUGGGCUUUAUCUUCGUAAGCUUUAUAGAGAGUUUCUGUACGUAUUGUUGUAUUGACGUUAGAUUGAGCGUGUUAGAUUGUAUAUGCGGCACAUCAGGUGAGGACUACGAGGCCAUCCAGUGCGUGCUUUGGUGUUUAAUGUGCGAAGAAACGUUCCGAUGUUGGCAUGCAUCUUUGCAACGAUAGAUAAAUCCUGUCGGCCGCGCAAAAGUGCAGCACAACAGCCAUUGCUGCAUGUUUGAACUUCGCAGACGGAGAUACGUGAUCGAUGUUCAUUCGCUUACUGUUCGCUAAAACCUAUGACGUUUGUCGUUUAUAUGAUGAUGAUGGUAGAGUAGCAAUAAGUCUCAUCUUGUUCGUAGCGCGGUUGUAUUGCAAUUACUGUAAGGCUCGCCGGGGCAGUGCGGUGGAAUCCGACCAGAAAAUGGGAGUCCUGUUAGAAUAAAGCUUACUUGAC